AUGGAUGCCGCGCUCCAGAGCAACCUGACAACCAUUUUCUGCUCGGCCGGGAUCAUUCUAAAUUCAUUUUUAUUGUAUUUAAUUGUUACAGAUCGAGAGAAAAACUGCGGCGGCUACCGUAAUUUGCUGGCCAUCAUUGCGGUGUACAAUAUUUAUUAUUCGUUAAUGAAAACUACAGUAGACGUGGCUUUCCUCAUCGACGACGCCGGGUAUCUGCUAUUCAGCAAGCGGCUCUGCCAUUACGGCUAUUGGCCGGCUCAAUUCUCGGCGAUAUUCAACCGGUGGUAUAAUCUAUUCUGCCUCGUGCUUGUCUAUUUCCUGGCAACGGCAUUUAAUGGGGUGGCUGGUCAUAUUUAUACAAAGCCCUCCCCAGAGCGAACGGCGUUAAGUCGACGCGAAUUACUGCACGGUUACAACGUCAGUAUCGACGGAUUGGGCUAUCUAGGGCCAGUUUAUAAGGUGGUCAACCCCCUCACCGGCGAGGUGGAGCACCGAUGGGCGAAUUUCCUGGGGAAUUCGACGAUUUGCGUGCUGAUGAUUGCAAUCUAUUUGAUAGUUUGUAAUUUUGCGUUUAAACUCUACGCCUUCGUCCGCUCCUCCGUCCUCAGCGAGAAGCGCCGCGCGCUGAAUAUGCAACUUUUAAAGCUACUAGUAAUCCAGGCGAUUUGUCCCCUGAUUUUCGAGUACAUCCCGGCGCUGACGACAAUGUGGGGCGGAUUUUUAUGCGGGUUUGCAGGCAUCUCCCUAUCACGAAUUGCUCCAAUGCUGCCUAUUUUUAUUUCGAUCUAUGCACCGGCUGAUGCAAUUAUGGUCAUUUUCGGGUUUAGGGCCUAUCGACGACGGGUAUUACGGUAUUUCGGGGUGGUGCCGAGUCAGACGUCCUCGCUGAACAUGAGCAGCGACAAGCGCCAAAUCUCCGCCGAGCUGCAGCACAAGCCCAAGGGGCAAUCGGUG